AUGAGUACCGUCGAGAAUACAGCUGUGAAACGGGAGUUAGAAGAUGCAUCCGAUGAAGGUAUAGCUUCUAAUACUAAUGGUGGUCUGAUGAAGAGACAGGUAAUUGUUCCUGUUACAAAACCCCGUAUACACUACACACCUCUUAAGACCGGUCUUUGUUAUGAUGUUAGAAUGAGAUACCAUGCCAAGAUAUUCACCUCAUACUUUGAGUAUAUCGACCCACAUCCAGAGGAUCCUCGUCGUAUCUAUCGUAUCUAUAAGAUCUUAGCGGAAAAUGGUUUAAUUAAUGACCCUAUGUUAAGUGGUGUAGACGAAAUUGGUGACCUUAUGUUAAAGAUUCCUGUCAGAGAGGCUACAAGAGAAGAAAUCCUAGAGGUUCACUCAAAGGAACAUCUAGACUUUUUGGAAAAGACUGAAAAGAUGUCUCGUGAGGAACUUUUGAAAGAGACCGAAAAGGGUGAUUCUGUUUAUUAUAACAACGAUUCUUUAUCGAGUGCGAAAUCUUCAUGUGGUGGUGCUAUAGAGGCAUGCAAAUCUGUCGUUGAAGGUAGAGUUAAAAAUGCUUUAGCGGUGGUGAGACCUCCGGGUCAUCACUCAGAACCAGAAUCUUCUGGUGGGUUCUGUUUAUUCAGUAAUGUUGCGGUGGCUGCUAAAAAUAUUCUUAAGAGUUAUCCUGAAAGUGUUCGUAGAAUUAUGAUUCUGGAUUGGGAUAUUCAUCAUGGGAAUGGUACUCAAAAGGCAUUUUAUGACGAUGAUCGUGUAUUAUAUGUUUCAUUACACAGAUUUGAACUUGGAAAAUAUUAUCCUGGGACUGUUCAUGGUCAAUAUGAUCAAACAGGUGAAGGUAAAGGUGAAGGUUUUAAUUGUAAUAUUACUUGGCCAGUUGGGAACGUUGGGGACGCUGAAUAUAUGUGGGCUUUUGAGCAAAUUGUAAUGCCUAUGGGUCGUGAAUUUCAACCUGAUCUAGUGAUCAUUUCCUCAGGAUUUGAUGCCGCUGAUGGUGAUACCAUUGGUCAAUGUCAUGUCACUCCUAGUUGCUACGGUCAUAUGACUCACAUGAUGAAGUCUUUGGCAAGAGGUAACUUAGCUGUGAUCCUAGAAGGUGGUUAUAAUUUGGAUUCUAUUGCAAAGAGUGCCCUUGCCGUGACAAAAGUUUUAGUCGGCGAGCCACCUGACGAAUUACCCGAACCUACAAAGGAUACUAAACCAGAAGCUUUAGAAAUGGUAGAUAAGAUUAUUAGAUUACAAUCUAAAUAUUGGAAAUGUUUCAAACGUAAUUGUGGUAAUGCAGGUUGUGAUUUUAAAGAACCAAUUACAGAAACUAUUCUAUCUAAGAAUUUCCCUCUACAAACAGCUAUUCGUCAACAACAAUUACAAAACUUGUUACUAGAUAAUUAUAAAUUUGUUACAUUACCAUUAGUAAAUCAAAAAUUAUCCGAAGAUACUGUCUUUUGUUCUCAAAACGUCUAUGAUGCUUCUACAUUGGUAGUAGUGGUUCAUGAUACCCCAGAUAUAUGGGCCGCUAGAAAUGUUAUUACGGGUACAAUCGAGCCUUCUUCAUCAAUCAUUGUCGAUAGUGGAUUACAAUUUAUUAAAUGGGCUGUCAAAAGAAAUUAUGGUCUUAUUGAUAUCAAUAUUCCACAGUCCCUCUUUGAACAAGAUAAUUACUCUGCAAUGAUUACAGCACAAGAAGUAUUACUAUACCUAUGGGAUAAUUAUAUUAAAUUUUCAACAAAUGUUCAAAAGAUAGCCUUUGUUGGUAUUGGUGAUGCAAGUUCAGGAAUUAUACAUCUAAUGGGUCACAGAGACACUAGAAAUAAUGUCAAAGCGAUAAUAUCAUUUAUUGGUAGUAAACAAUUAAAACCGUUGGUUCCAUUAGUUGAUGAAUCAUUAACAGAUUGGUACUUUAAGAAUUCUCUAGUGUUUUCCGACAAGAAUCAUUCAUGUUGGGGUGAUAAUGAAAAUAAGAAACCUCGUAAGAAAUAUGGUAGAGUAUUGAGAUGUGAAACAGAUGGGAUUAAUAAUAUAGUAGAAGAAAGAUUUGAGGAAGCUACAGAUUUCAUACUCGAUUCCUUUGAAGAAUGGAGUGAUAGUGAGUGA